AUGACCCUUCAUGGCAAAACCGACCUACUUAUGUGCAGAACUUUCCCGACGCUUUUGGGCGGGAGAGCACUGACCUGGUACACCACUUUGCCAACUGGCAGCGUAGCAUCCUGGGAUGACUUGGCAAGCAAGUUCCGGACCCACUUUGCCACCAGUCGCCCAGUGCCAAAGUCCGUCCAUUCCCUAGAGAAGGUUCAUCAACAAUCUGGGGAAUCCCUUAGGUCCUUUCUGGAUCGGUUCGACAAAGAAGCCUUGCAAGUACAAGGCCUAGACCCUAAAGUGCAAGUGCACAUACUCUUAUUUGGUUUGCGUGAAGGAGAAUUAGCCUACGAGCUUGCUCGCAAUGAAAUUGUUGACCUUGAAGAAGUCAAACUGAAAGCCCAAGAGUUUAUGCGCAUCGAGGAGUACAAAGGAAGUCGGGUAGAUGACACCCACAACCAACAAAAUAAAGAUAGUAAAAAUCGUGACCACAAUGAAGAGCAGAGGAAAGGUCACAAACCCUCCAAAUACUACAGUCUCCAUUCUGGGCGUGACACAAUAGGACGCCAGUCACAUAGCGUCCUACAGACCGAGUACAAAGAAGACGACAAGCAUAGCCCCAGGAGUCAACAGCAGCCUCGAGAAAGCACCGUAUACUACAAGUUCCACCGCAGUAACGGUCACAGUACUGAGGAGUGCAGACAUCUCAAGGAUGAGAUAGAUGAGCUUAUCAAAUGUGGGGCCCAAAGAAAGGCGGGAGAUAACGUCCGAACUCCAGGGAACAACAGACGAUACCGAGAGCGUAGCAGGUCCCCGGAACGAUGA